GACAAUUUACGCGUCGCGUCAGCGCGUCUUCCAGCGCACAUUUCUCCCCACCACCCCCGCCUCCGUUUCUGCCCAACAGGAAACCAACCCUUUUUGACUGGAGGAACAUUACCCCAAUCCCACAACCAUGACGACCGGUACUCCCUUCGACCCCAUCGUGCCCACCGUCCCAACAUCGCCGCCAGCAAAGCGCAUCAAGACUGACGGCCCCGCCCUCAUAACCAACGAAACCAUGGCGUCCCCGGCACUGCUCAUCAAGAAGCUCUCAGACAAGGCCCGGCUCCCGACCCGUGGCAGCGCUUUCGCAGCGGGCUACGACCUCUUUGCCGCACGCCCCACCACCAUCCCGGCGCGGGGCAAGGCGCUCGUCGACACCGACAUCAGCAUGUCUCUGCCGGCGGGGACCUACGGCCGCAUCGCCCCCCGAUCGGGCCUCGCCGCCAAGCACUUCAUCGACACCGGGGCGGGCGUCAUCGACGCCGACUACCGCGGGCCCGUCAAGGUGCUGCUGUUCAACCACAAUGAGGCUGAUUACGCGGUGGAGGAGGGCGACCGGGUCGCGCAGCUCAUCAUCGAGCGCAUCUACACGCCCGAGGUGGUCGAGGUGCAGGAGCUGGAGGAGAGCGUGCGGGGUGCCGGCGGGUUCGGGAGCACGGGGACGAACUAGAUAGACUAGGCUGUGGUUGUGUUGUGUUGUGGUGUGUUUUGGUUUGGUAUGACAUGGUAUAACAUGAUAUAGAUCGGAUAGGCGGGU